UCUUGCAAGGGACGCGACUCUUCCCAUUAAUAACUUGCGCUCAGUGCUACUGUCAUUGCGGAUUUGUUUACUGUCGAAGGUCGGCUUGCUGUUAAAUUAACCAGGUCCUGUUAACGUAUAGACUGCUUACUAUAACUGCCAGGACGUCUCUUGGAAUGUGGACUGGAAUGAGGCUUGCGCUUGUGACUUUGUUGGCGGUGGUACAUAUAGCGAAGACGCAGAAAGUGUCAACUCUUAAUGGCCCACUUCAUGGACAACGUCUCUCAGUUCUGGGCAGAUCUGUUAACGUAUACUAUGGAAUCCCAUAUGCAAAGCCCCCUGUAGGCGAUCUCCGUUUCAAGAACCCUCAGCCUUCAGAGUCAUGGGGACCGGAAGUUAGGGAUGCACAAAACCCGACGCCAUCUUGCAUUCAACCUAAAGAUGUUAUUAAAACUGCUGGGACUCACAGAGAAACUCCUGAUGAUUAUAGUGAAGACUGCCUUCAUCUUAACGUGUGGGCGCCAACAGACAGCGAUGGCAAUCUGGCCGUGAUGGUUUGGAUCCAUGGUGGGGGUUGGUAUUUUGGAUCUACACGACUGCAACUAUAUGAAGGCAAAUACCUUGCAGCAGAAAAUAACGUCAUCGUUGUAUCAAUGAAUUACAGAUUAGGGCCUUUAGGAUUCAGCUAUCUGGGGCCGUAUACCAUCCCUGGCAACAUGGGCUUGAUGGAUCAAAGACUUGCCUUAAAGUGGGUGAAAGAUAAUAUUGUCUACUUCGGCGGAGAUCCAACCCGCGUGACCAUAUUUGGAGAAAGUGCUGGUGGUGCCAGCGUGGGUCACCACUUGGCCUCACCUCUGUCACGUGACAUGUUUGACAGAGCCAUCAUGCAAAGUGGCACUCACAUUUCUCCAUGGGCUUACACCGUACCAAAAACAGCAAAGCGAAAGAUGAAGAGGUUUGCUGAUCUCCUUGGAUGUCCAUCAUCUUCAACUGAUACAGACAUCUACGACUGCUUGAAGACAGCAGAUGCCCAAACUAUGGCUGAUGUUCAGUUCGGUUUGUUUGAUGAAGGAAUUGCUUUUGUCCCAGUUGUGGAUGGCUACUUUCUCCCCGAUGACCCCACAACUCUUCUGUCCAGCGGUUCCAUCAAGCAGACCAGUGUAUUGCAUGGUUUUACUAAAGAUGAGGCAGCACUGUUUUCGGCAGUAUUGUUACAGAAGAUGAGAAAUGUAUCUACCUUACCGGAAACGCUGACUUUAAGUCGCCAAGAGUAUGAUAGUCUUCUUUCAGUUGAAUUUGCAAAUGAAGAAAAUAAACAAAUGAAAGAACCACUUCGAUUGUUUUAUGAAAGUCAGAAAGCCCCUCUAAAAGACAUACACUAUCUUGAUGUAGUGAAUCGCUUGCGUACGGAUAGGGGAAUGAAGUGUCCUCAUCUUGAGUUUGACAGAUUGCACUCUCCUGCUAACCCUACCUAUGUGUACAGUUUUAAUCACCGACUAUCAAUUAGCCCGUAUCCUCAAUGGAUAGGAGCAGCCCACUGGUACGAGCUUGACUUUGUGUUAGGUUUGGUCCUUGACGAGUCUCUGGGAUGUACACAAGAGGAAGUGGAACUCAGCAGGACCAUCAUGACCUACUGGACCAACUUUGCCAAGUCAGGUGACCCCAAUGCUCCGGUCCCAGUGAAGGUAGACUGGCCGGCCUCUGACAACACUGAUCUCACCUACAUGACCCUUGACGUGGGCAACAACUUAGCAGCAGGACACGGGGUAGUCCAUCACGAAUGUGUCUUUAUCAACAGCAUUCUACCCAUGAUUACUGCAGAUCCACUGGAAGGGCAGGAGUACUGCACAAAAGGAUGAAAGGACAGCAUUAUAAUAAUCAGACACAAUUAAAUACAUAAAUAUCAUUAUUUUUUUGGCUUAACGCUGCUUUGAUCUGUUAAUCAGUCAUAUAACCAAGUGUCAGCGCAGAGGGGCAAAAAAUUCCCAUGUUGCCCAGGGCAGGGGUAGUCCUCACUCAUGUAGGACGCCACACCGCAUAGCUAUUGUGAUGCCUGUGAAUGCUUAGCCACCCGUAUACAACAAUCACACCAACUACACUCCUGUAUACCUGUCAAUGCCAUCAUGGAAUAAACGAUUUGUCUGCAUUA